AACUCUAUGAAAUAACCUGCUUCUCUUAAUGUCAGAAUAACCAAUUGAAAAUAAUUUUAAUUUUUCAAAAAGUUAUGUCUAGAAUUAAUUGAAAUGGUGUAUGAAAAUAUUCUUCGGAUUAAACACCUCCCAAAAGAACUCUCAGAGGAUGAAAUGGGGGAAUUUUUGCAGCAUUUUGGUGCAAUUCAAGUGAAACUCAUAAAUUACAAAAAAGGAGAUGUAUUAGCUUUUGCAAAAUUUGAGAAUGCAGAAGUAGCCAAAGCUGCAAUGUAUAGAUUACACCAACUUACAGUUCUGAAUUCUAGAUUAUCUGUAGUUUAUGCAGAAACUGAUAUUGGAGACCGAAAGAUAAAAUUGAAGAAAAUAGAAGAAGAUGACAAUAUUCAGAAGAAAUGCUUCAAAGAUUUUAUUGUCAAAAUGUAUUCUUACAACCACUCUGUAGGAUUUCAUCAACCUCCACCACCUCAUUUGCGGUAUGAAUAUCCCAAAGCUAAUAGGCCUACCAUAAAUAAUAUAGCCCAUGUUUUGGCUACUGUUCCAAAGUUUUAUAUACAAGUUUUACAUUUAAUGAAUAGAAUGAACCUUCCUCCACCUUUUGUCAUUGAAAAUCCACCAGUUAAACAUAUUAAACCACAGGUAAAUUUGAAACCAGUUCCAAUACCUCAACCAGAUGCUAAAAAUGCAAGUUCUUCAGAAUCAGAAUUAGAAAGUGAUGGGGAAACAAAAACAAAAGAUAUAAUUCCGCAGAAACAACCUACAGCUAUUAAAAAGGGAAUUAAACGUCCAAAAUUCAUUAAACCCAAUGCUAAACAGGUUGUUCCACCUAAGAUAAUGAAGAGUGAAGAGGUUUUUGAUCAAGUUGACAUACCAAUUCAAAGAAAGAUUGAGAUGAAAGUUCCAGGUCAGAUUACAGAGAAAGGUGUUGAAAAUGACAAAUCUGCUGAUGUGGAUCAAAAUGAAGUGAUGGAAGAAAGUUUCAUAACUAGAGAAAAAGGAAGUAUAAUUAGUGAUGAAGAAUUGAAAAGUAAUCAAAUUCCUUCAGAUAACUUGAGUGUUUUAGCAGUUUUCAAAGAUUAUCACCCUGGUGUUCCAAGUAAUAGACUCUAUAUAAAAAAUAUUGCUAAAAAUGUUAGUCCUGAUGAUUUAGCAUAUAUUUUUAAUCGAUAUAAAAGUGAACCAACUGAAGGAAACGAGACUUUGUUUGAAAUCAAGUUGAUGCAGGAAGGAAGAAUGAAAGGACAAGCUUUUGUGACUUUAGAGAAUGUGCAAAUUGCUCAAAAAGCCAUCGAAGAAACUAAUGGUUUCAUUCUUAAAGAUAAGCCUCUUGUAGUUGUAUAUGGAAGAAACUCUCAAAAAUCCAAAAACUGAUCUUUAAAUGACUUGCAAUUGAUUUGAUUUGUGCUUGUUGAACAUUUUUCCUUUUUAAUUUGAACAGUAAUAUUCCAGCUUAAUUUUAUGAAAAUUAAUAUGAGCAGUUUUUAUCAUAAUCAAUUGUGCCUUAGCUUUAAUCAUAUGGUUUAUUUCUUGGAUUUUUUUCAUGGAUACCUAAUAAGAAAUCAAUUUCUUUCUGAAACUGAUAUGAUUUACAAACUCAAUACAAAAUAAGGAUUAAAUUCAAAUCUUGUAAUCUUGUGAUAUUUUAUUUGUAGCAUUGUUCUUCUUCAAUCAAUACACAAAGUCUUUUUAUUC